UUAAUGGUCAUGCGUUUUUUUUUUAGUUUUUUUUAAUGCAAUAAAAAGUCCAGGUUCACACAGUCCCACACGCUGCUGGCUGGUUGUGGACGCAGGAGUCGUGCCUAUUCCCGCAACCACCCGCAUCGUGCUGAAUGGCACAUCCCGCAGCGCGAUCGGGAUGUGCCUGUGUGAUCGUGGGCCGCCGUGCCUGUGCGAUCCGCUUGUGCGAUCGUGGGCCGCAGCGCCUCUGUGAUCGUGAGCCGCAGCGCCUGUGCGAUCGUGAGCCGCAGCGCCUGUGCGAUCGUGGGCCGCAGCGCCUGUGCGAUCGUGGGCCGCAGCGCCUCUGUGAUCGUGAGCCGCAGCGCCUGUGCGAUUGUGAGCCGCAGCGCCUGUGCGAUCGUGGGCCGCAGCGCCUGUGCGAUCGUGGGCCGCAGCGCCUCUGUGAUCGUGAGCCGCAGCGCCUCUGUGAUCGUGAGCCGCAGCGCCUGUGCGAUCGUGAGCCGCAGCGCCUGUGCGAUCGUGAGCCGCAGCGCCUCUGUGAUCGUGAGCCGCAGCGCCUGUGCGAUCGUGAGCCGCAGCGCCUG